AGUUAAUAUCGUAAAUCAGUGACAGGUGUAGGUUUUUCUUUUCAAUCUGCUACUAAUCCGAGCAACAAAGCCAAAUUUGAUCCAGCACUAGGAUUUAGCGAAGAAGUGUAGCAAGUGAUCAGCGAUAAAGAAAGACGAGAGCGAAACGAUGAGCCGGGGCUUGGGCAUUCCGGUGAAGCUGCUACACGAGGGUUCAGGUCACGUGGUAACGGUGGAACUCAAAAGCGGAGAGCUUUACAGAGGAAGCAUGAUCGAGUGCGAGGAUAACUGGAAUUGCCAGCUCGACAACAUCACCUUCACUGCUAAAGAUGGAAAGGUAUCACAGCAUGAGCAUGUUUUCAUUCGAGGUAAUAAAGUCAGAUUUAUGGUCAUACCAGACAUGUUGAAGAAUGCUCCUAUGUUCAAACGUCUGGAUGCUAAAAUCAAGGGUAGGAGCUCCUCUCUUGGGAGUUGGCAGAGGUAGAGCAGUUGCCAUGAGAGCCAAAGAAAGUCCACCUUUCCCCUGCUGGCCGAGGCACAACAGCUGGUAGAGGUGUUAUGCCAUCUGUUCGAAGGUAACUUUGUCUUGUUAAGUGCAUUGCGGUCUCUUCUGUCAGGAGCAGCGUUCAUCAUUGAGGCUACCGGAGAAUACCUUGACUUUAAAAACCAAAUUUGUGCUCCUCAUGUUUUGAGGUCAAAGGGGGUUCUCUUUUGUAUGUUGAUUCCUGAGAAUUGCCAUGAGUUUAGGAACUAAAUUUGUAGUCAUAUUUGAGGUAAAAGGGUACUCAUUCAUGAUGUUGAUUCCUGAGAAUUGCCUUGAGGUAAAAGGGUACUCUUUCAUUAUGUUAAUAAAGAAGAAACUAGAUUGAGGUGAAGUUA